AUGAAGAGAGUUGAUUUAAACACGAUCACGAGCUUAAAUGAAUAUUGCACGCGUUUUGGGAUAUCAAAGGCUCCGAUAAAAGAACUUGAAAAAAUCCAAACAGACGUUGACUAUGAAGUGGGUCUUCAACAAGUGUUUUCAUUCUAUCGCUGUCUAAAAACGUUGACUCAAAAAACAAGUUUGGGCAAAGUCGAACAAAACGGGUUUUAUGCAAAAGUGUUAAAGAACUCUGGUUUAAUUGAUGUUGGGAAAAAGACUCAACUCGACGAAAUAAUUGCAGACAAAAUCAUUUCAAUAACAGUUCCAACUUUUGAUAUCGGUGUAGUCAAUUUGGAAAACAAUGACUCAGUGUCUGUUAAAUAUGAAAUUGCUUUUGGAUUCAAACAAAAUGCGUUUGUAAAAGAGUUGCAUUAUAUCACAUCGUUUGUUGUCGACUGCACUAACCAGAUAGAUCAAGUCGAAGUCAAAACAAACCACAAGUGGACCAAUAAAACUAAAGACGGGUUCUUCUCACAACUCGAGGAGUUAGAUACACAACUCUUACUGAUCGAAAAGGUCAUUCCAUACUCAUACGACUAUUUCACGGGUGUGCUUCCACCAUUUGCUCUUGAUGAGGACGUUGAUGAACAAUUUGAUGAUUUAGACAAUUAUGGAGAUGAUUACGACGAGUACGACGAUUAUAUGUAA